AGAGAGAGAGAGAGAAAGAGGUUCUCCUCGCCUCGUACUCUUUCGAGGGGCCGAGGCGCAAUGAGAACGAUGCGCCAGUUGGCUCUGUUACUCGGCAAUUAGAACGAUUAUUUAAUCAUGUCCAAUCCGCGAGGAACCGGAGGAGACGAUCGUGGGCAGCCCAGCGGCGUGAGCCUCGCCGAUUAACGGUAGGUGCGUGCGCGGAGUUCCCGUGGCGAAGCGAGCACGUCCACUGAAACGGCACGGCACGGCACGAUAGAGCCCCCGCACGGUUAGAGCGUGUCGACUCGGUGUUGUAUGUGUCGGAAUCGGUGGUUGCGUUCCCCCGGCUACGCCUAGGUGAAAAAUGCGGUUCUGAGUACGGCGACGUGCGCCGAUCCCCGUGCAAUUACGAACAGGUUGUUCACCAACAAUUCGGCCACACGAACAACUCGGUGGCAGCCCCGUUGCUCGGUACGACACAACACAGGCUCGGCGUACAACACACGGGUCUGCCGUGUCUCUCUCAGUGUGUAUGUGCGGUGUUUGGACGAUCGAGGAUAUAUUCCUUCGGAAGGGCAGCCUGACACGGAAGAAACGCCGGAAGGAAGGAAGAGGAGGGUAGCAGGGUAGCAAGAUGGCGGGAUCCUUAACGUGGUCGUGUACUUGUUGCCUGCGGUUCAAGUUCAGCCCCGAGGAGAUCGAGCAGCGUUACAAGAGCCAGGAGAUCGAUCGAAUGUUGGAGAAGGAUCGUCAAGCACUCCGGCGACAGGUUAAGCUGCUGCUCCUCGGGGCAGGCGAGAGCGGAAAGUCGACAUUCCUCAAACAGAUGCGAAUUAUCCACGGGAUUAAAUUCGAGCCUGAGUUAAUUAAAGAGUAUCAACAUAUUAUUUACCAAAAUAUAAUUAAAGGAAUGAAGGUGUUGGUAGAUGCUCGCGACAAGUUGAAUAUUCCAUGGGAGAACCCUAAGAAUUAUGAUAUUGGUUAUCAAUUAUUGAAGUUUGAAAAUACCAUGGUAUUGGAUGCUAGAUUGUUUCUUCGUUAUGUACCAUCUUUACAAAGUUUAUGGAAAGAUGCAUCGAUUAAAAAGGCCUUUGAUAGAAGAAGAGAAUUUCAAUUAGAUUAUGAACCUACGCACCAAGAUAUCUUACAUUGUAGAAAAGCUACAAAGGGAAUUUCAGAAUUUGUUAUACAAAUUAAUAACAUCCCAUUUUUGUUUGUUGACGUUGGAGGUCAACGAUCUCAGAGACAGAAGUGGUACCAGUGUUUCGAUUGUGUUACCUCGAUACUUUUUCUUGUUUCAUCAUCUGAAUUUGAUCAGGUGUUGUUAGAAGAUAGAAGAACAAAUCGGUUGGAAGAAUCUAGAAAUAUAUUUGAUACAAUAGUCAACAAUAUGAUAUUUGGCGGAGUAUCUAUCAUUCUAUUUUUAAAUAAAACUGAUUUGUUAGACAAAAAAGUAAGAUCGCCCGAUACGAAUGUCCGUUGGUACUUUCCACAAUUCACAGGAGAUUCACAUUCCAUGAAGGAUGUGCAGAAUUUUAUACUUGAAAUGUUUAUAUCUGUUAAAAGAGAUCCAAGAAAACCACUUUUUCACCAUUUUACUACUGCCGUGGAUACGGAAAACAUAAAAGUUGUAUUUAAUGCUGUCAAGGACACGAUUUUACAUAGAAAUUUGGAAUCGUUAAUGCUCCAAUAAUGAUAAAUGUGCAUAAAGAGUGAAAUAACUUUCGACCCAAGCGUAUGCAUUCAACAUUUAGUGUUUGAUACAUAGUGAAGUGAAAUUAUAGUCAAAGAAGUAUUAAAAUGUCGAUUAGGAAAGAAUAUUCUGGUAAGACAAUAUAUAUAUAUUAUGUAUAUUGUAUUAAUGUAAAUCUCGUGAUUUUCGUUUAUAACGGAAAAGUAAAUGUUUUCAUAAUAGUUUUAUACAACAAGAGAAGUAAAAACUGCCUAAUGAAAACAUGUAUUAAAAAUUUUUAAUACUCUAUACACUAUAUAAAUAUAUACAUAUACAUUGAUAAUAUAUUUCCAUCUUUUUGAUGAAUAUUGAUUACUAGAGGGUUGUAAGAAGACUAUUAUAUACAAUUUAUUGUACAUAAUCUUGUAUUCUAUACAUUGUCGAUAACAACGGUUUUACAUGUUUGUAUAAAAAAAAGAAUCAGUUUGCUAAUAAUUUAGCUAAGAUUUUUCUAUUUUGUACAGAUAUUUAAUCCAGUGCUUCUCUUUCAUAUUAAAGCAUAUAGUAGAAAUGCUGGUGACAUAACCAGUACUCACAAACAUAACUUAUUUUAUAUUUAAGAUUAAUUGCUCUAUCUUUAAAAAUAUAUUUCUGUUAACAUUGAAUAUUAAGUAACAAGAAAACCAAAUACUAGAUCCAUGCCAUAUAAACCAAAUGAAACUAACCAGUUUGUGUUCAAAUUGCUGUGUGCAAAAUUUGUUGAUAUUUUUAUGUACUUCUCUUUUUCUUUUGGUUUGAUGCAAAAAUUAUAUGCAGAAUUCUAAUAUAUCAAGGUAAAAACAUAAUUUUUUGUACUUUCAUAUUUUUGAGUAUACAUUUUUUGGGAAUUAAAGUUUUGUUCUAUUGAGAAAUUGAAAAAAUUGAACUAUAAUUUCAGUAAGUAAUUCAUUACUUUUUAGUUCAGUAUUUUAUAAAUAAAAAAAUAUAAAAAGUUUAAUAAGAAAAAUUUUGAUAGUUGAUCCUUAAUUUGACAUUAUUCUCCCUAAGAAAAAAUGAUGUUGAUCAGUAUUAUUAUUUUUCAUGUACAAAAGUUGAAAUAAAAUUGGUUUUUUUAUUUAAUAGCAAUUUUUCAGGAUUAUGCUUAUUAAUUUAUAAAUAUAUGGCUUAUGACUAUAUCAGUCUUUUUUUAUAAUAGAAAAUUCUUGUUCCCAUGUAUUUUGUAAAUCGUACUGCAUUUAUAUUAUUAUUUUGAAAAUAAUUCAAGGUGAAGAUUAUAACGAAUUGAUGAAGAUAAAUAUUUUAUGUUAUAAAAAUUGGAAAAUUAAAAAAUUUCUAAUAAUAGGGAACAAUUUUUUCAAUUAGAGAAACAAUUUGAAGAAAGUAGUACUAGAAUCAAGGAUUUUAUGUAAUAAUAAUUCUGAUGAAACCAAAGAGUUUUAAAACUAAUUAAUGUCUAUAUAAUUUAUUUUCACUAGUUUAACUUUAUAACUAUUUUAAAAAUAAAUUAUAUACAUAUUAUUAUUAUAUACAUAUUAAAUAAAUUAUAUACAUACAGUUAUUGCAUACUUUCCAAUCUUGGUCGUUUAUUACAUAAAAUCUUUGUUUUAUUUUUUGUAUAAAGGAAAACUGAAAAACUUAGAAUAUUAAAAAAACUGUAAUUUUGAAUCGAUUGUUUUUGGAUCUAAUAGAACUGAGAAAUUAAUAUUUUGUUAUAUUUGUAUAUAAAAGAUUUUAGAUAUAGUGCGGCAAUACAAAAUGUUAGGAAAUUGAAUUUUUGUAUAAUUUGCAUCGUGUAAAAUUAUUGUAAAAUUUUUGAAUGAUUGGUAUAUAUUUUUUAACUGACUUUACAUUCCUAUAAAGUUAAUCAGGUUUUAAUUAAUAUUCUUAGAGUACUUUUAUAUUACAUUUUUAUAAUAUAGAAACAUAAUUAUUGCUUCCAUUGAAGCAUUGUUUUAACAGAUAAAUUCAAAACAUGAUUUUAUACAGUUUAUAUGUCUCUCUAUAUACAAACGUUGUGCAGUAAUACUCAUUGGAAAUAAUAUUUGCAAUUUUUUAUAGGAAUAUUUAAUAGAAGAAUGUACUCGUGAUGCUUCAUCAGUUAUGCCCAUAAAUUUAUAUGAGUAUAUGUAACAUCUUUAUAGAAAAUUGUCACGAUACUUAAAAUUUUCCAUAAAUUCAUUUUUCAGUGAUAUACAAGUAACAUUUGUUUUUUUUUUUAAAUAAAGAUAAUAACGAAUAUGAAAGAAAGCAUUAAUGAAUUGAAUUUACAUCAAUUUCUUCGCAUUUAUGUAUUAUACAAGUUUUCUUCUAAACUGUUGUAUAAUAAUGAGAAAGAUGAUGAGAAAUAUUGCGAGCUAUACUUGUAAUAUGUUUAAAAAUUUUAUUGUAACGCGGACUGUUAAAAACAUAUGUAACUAACUUUGUGAUAGAGCAUUGCGACAAGCAAAAAGAGAAUGAUUUUUAUAUCUUUAGAAAUACAGAGAUUACUUUAAUCUCUUUUCUAUUUAAUCAAAUUUAUAUAUUUCGGUCUACAUGAAAAAGUAGAAUUUAUAUGUUUUACGAUUGCUACAUUAUUGAUGACUACACAGCAAUAUUUUACGUGACACGUGCCCGCGUUUAAAACGAUUUUAUUAUAAUUUAUAAUUAUAUUUACAUUAGGUACUUCUAUACACAUACCUACAUUCUCAAAUCAUGAAAAUGCAUUCGUACGCAAUAGAUAGUAUGUAAUUACAACGAAAACUGUGAGGUAGCUUUAUAUGUAGUUUAUUAUGUCUAUACAUUUAUACGAAAUUAUUAUUUUUACAUAUUUAAUUAUCAUUUUAUUUAAAUUGUUUUCUCCAUGUGACUAUGCAAAAAUAUUAGUAACCUAGCGAAAAUGACUAAAAAAGAUAUAUAUUACGAGAAAAUUUUUCUUUAAAGUAAAAGUAAUUAAUUUGUAGUGAACGACAUUUGAUUCUUGUUAAAUUGUGAUUUACCAAGAAAUCAAAUACAUACGUUCGCAAUAAGUUGAUACAACAAUAAUGAUAUAUUUUUUUGUAAGUUUGUAUAAUACUGACUAAAAUAGAAUGGUUUUCUCCUUCGACAGAUUCAUAAGUAUAUACUGCAAGCAAUUUGCAAAUAAUCUUUAAGUAUUUUAUACGUGAAGCUAUUUUUGAAUAAUUAAAACGUUUACAUUCACUUUGAUACAUAGCAAUGGAACUGUUUUAUUUGUUAUUGAUAGUCACUUGUAUAUUCAGAUUUUGUUUUUCUGUACAUGGUCUAAAGAAUGUAGAUAUAUUGUGCCUUUUGUAUAUUGUAUAUUUGUAUAUAAACAUAUUUUAUAUAAAAUAUUGUAAUAAUGUAGUCUAUUCAUAUAAACAAUAAAUAAAACUUCAGAGAAUGUUUAUUUUAUUUAAUGAACUUUCACAACUCAUUAUAUUCCUUUCGUUUCUGUUUAAAUUAUUUCAAUGUUUCAAGACAAAUGUGCUACCUGUUACAAAUAAAAUGUAUUGUGCAGUUAAAUCAAUUAAACAAAAAUGGCACACAAAUACGAAAAAAAAUUAUAUGUCUAUGUUUGCAUAUAUAUAUGUACAUACAUAUAUAUGUAUUUAUACAAUACAUUAGCAUAUUUAUUUGUAAUAAAUUUUAUACAAAGUAAAGCACAUGUCUAUUUCGCAUAACUUACUUAAUAAAAUGCACAAUAUUUACAUUUUUGCAAAAAAAUAUAUAAGUUUUUCUUGUUGAAAAUGCACGAAAUUUUUUUCUUCGCAGUUUGACGCAGCAAGUAAUAUGUAAUUAAUAUUUAUAACACAUAGAUGUUACACUUACUUAAACAUCACAUUGGCAAUUGAUCUACAAUUAGUAAUUACAUUUCUUUAUAACUAUUAGCAUACUUCAUAUGUUACAGUAAUAUUUACAUCUUUUUCGAUUGAUAAUAUAUAAUAUUAAAAACGUACAAAAAGUGAAAAUAUAAUUAUAUAUUUUUUAAGAAACGUGAGAUAUGUAAUCAUCCAGGCGCAUAGAAAAUUUGUAUACAAUUUACCAAACUUGUAUACCAAAACUUUGUAGCAAAUACGUCUUAAAAUUUGAUUGAAAGAUAUAACUAGUCUUUUAUAUAUCUAUUUUGUUUUUGUAUCGCAUGGCAAUAGACAAUGUGAAAGAUCGUUGUUACAGCCGAUUUAAUUAUAACGCACAAUUUCAUUGUGAACCAAAAUUUAGAGUAUCAGCUUAUAAUAACCGGAUUUGCGAAUUCAGUUUCCAUUUUCGUUAAUUUAAAAAAGUAUAUAUUAAGUAUCAGUUAAGUAUCAAUUUAAUCGUCACAGUUGUAACUUUAAUUCUUUUUAUAUUACCUAAUAUUCUUUUGUACAUAUUCAAACAAGUGACGCAUCGCCUACGUUUGGUAUAUUGCUAUUUUAUUCACUUGUGCAUUAUAAUAAAAGCGGUCGUACCGAAGCAUAUUACGUAUUUAUUUAUAAUAUUGAGCGUAUUUUGAAAUUCUGACGGAAUGUAACAAGUCGUGUUACCUUUGGAUAUUAUGCAUAAUAAAAUAAAAAAUUCUCUCAAAAAGUUCACAUCAUAUAUAAACUAUUACUGUGCGUGUUUUGCUAUUUAUGUGUCGAAGAAUUGACUUUUAAACUUUGAGAAAAAUAUGCUGCAACAUCUGCAUUUUGGAAUUUGUUAUAUUUGUAAAUGUAUUACUUUCGUAAUAUUAUCUCAAAAUAGUUAUUUACGUUGCUUGGAAAUUUCAUUAAGCUUUGUCAAGAUCUUUACAUCUAUGGAAUGUUACGAUUUAAUUGGAAACUGUAUCUUGCCGAAAAUCGUACAAAUAUGCAAAAGUAUAUUUAAAUCUUAUGUACUCGUCGUCGUUACUACUACGCCGAAGCUACUUACUAUCGAAACUGUGCCGUCUUUUAUUCUUUCAUUUUCUUAGAAACCCUCUCAAAUAAACGAUUAACAGAUAUGAAUUAAAUUGGAAUUAUAAAUAUCUCAAACGUACAUAACAAUCAACAAUAAUUAAAUGGAAACAAUUUUAGCGUUCGAUCACUUAGAGUUAUAAUAAUCAUUAAAAAAAAAAAAAA